UCAUCCUUCGUCUGAAGGUGUACCAGAAGGUCUGAGUGCCGACGGGCAGAGGAGAAGAAUGGCUGGUUGUGGAGCCCCAAGCAGCAGUGUGUCAAGAUUGUAUCCUUCUCUCCUUCAAACCUUUCCUGCAGAAAGACCGGCAAGGUGAACAUCAAUAUUCCCUCCCUUCCUACCAUUGGACACUCUGACCGUCUGCAAUGCAAGAUUGAGUCUUUCCAGAGUAACGGCAUCAUGUCAGACUCUGGUGAGGUCUCCUGUGAUCUGCCCCAGCCUGGGCUUAUACCAAAAACACCUGAGGGCCAAGACUUUGUGGCCGUGGCUAUCAGGAUCUUUGUGAAUGAGACUGUGGAGUUGGCCACGCGGGAAUUCAUGUUCUACAACUGUGCUGCCACAGUGAGGAAAUCUGAAAACACACCGUGCAUGUCAUGUGUAAGCAGUCAGUGGGGAUGUCAGUGGAACACGCAGGACCACACCUGCAGCGAUGCGGACAACAGCGUGGUUGGUUCCCACAUCAUCAAGCACCGUCAGAGCGCAAACUGUCCUCGGUUCGAGAAUCCAGAUCCUGUGCUCAUCCCUGUGGGCUACAAGACUCGAAUCAGCUUUGAAGGCAUAAAUCUGAAACAUUACCAGGGUCAUCAUUUCACCAUUGGCAGUGAGCUGAUGACAAAGGAAGAAGAUGUCUCGUUUGAGGGGGGACCAUUCUACACAUUCAGUGGCUUCAAUUUUUUCUAUGAUAAGUCACCGGAGACCAAUGUUCUGUUCUACGUGAAGGACAAGGAGUCUGGCGAGAAGAUGGACAGCACGGUGAACGUCACACUGUACAACUGUGCCGUUGAGAGGAACGACUGUAGUCUUUGUAAGAACGCCGACCCAAAGUACAAGUGUGUGUGGUGCAGCAAGAAGCUGGCGUGUGUGUAUGAGAAGCUCUGCGAUCCUCUCCCCAGCAACACAGAGUGUCCCGACCCUGAGAUCACCAAUAUCAGCCCUCUUUUCGGCCCCGUGCUGGGAGGCAUCUCCAUCACCAUCAGCGGCUCCAACCUCGGCAUCGAUCAGGGAGACAUUAAAAGCAUCACGGUGGCUGGGAAGCCCUGCAUUCAUGAGCCAGAAAAAUACUCCGUCUCCAAAAG